CCCUGUUACACGAAAUGGAAUUUCACCAGUUGCUCAGACGCAUUGAAUUUGGAGAACGGACUUGGCGGCACAGCCAGUGUGAGGUUCAGUGCUAAGCUGAUCUUCAUUACCUUAAAAUAUUUGGUAGAAGAAAGAAAAGAUGGAAAAAGGGAAAGAAAGUGUGUGUCACACCUAGUUGAUUUGUGUCUUUGGGUGAAAAUAAAGAAAGCCCUGUGUGAAUACUCAGACUGCCUGCUACUCUUACCUGCCAGCAACAUUGCCAUGAGACGUGAUGUCCAGGAGGGCCAGGCUCGGUGUUUAUCUCGCCUAGGAAGGCACAAGGAGGCUCUGGAUAUUGCAGAAAAAAUGAGAAACAGUGCUACUAACACGGAUCACUUAACAACGGUUCUCAACCUGCAGUUUUCCAUUUACCAGGCUCUGGAAAAUGUAGAAAAAAAGAUUAUGUGUCUGCAGCAACUGAUCUGUUUACAUCCUUUCAAUCCCUGGUUCUGGAAGUUACUUGCUGAAGCUUAUAUGAGCCUUUUACAGAAUUUGUCUCCAUUGGUCAUUCCAGAAGCAAAUCUAAAUCAGUCUGAAGAGGUUUGUGUAAGUAACAGCAGUUUCAAAACAUCGACUGGCAGAGAGAUUAAUUUGCAGCCUCACAGAUCAGAUGGCCAGAAAGAAGGCCCUUGGUUCAGCCUUGUUGCAGAAACAAAGGGGGAGAAUGCAGUGACUUGUCCCAGCAGCCAAGUGGUGAAAGAAUUUCUCUGCACUUCAGGAGAACUGGAACAGACGGGCAAAGAGAAAUGUGCAGACUCCAAGUCCUGGAAGCAGAACAUGUUAAAGAAAGUUGGGAUAAAAGCAUGUGCCUCGUUUAUCAGAGCAAGGCUUUUACUUCAGCUUACCCAGUCACAACAGUUGUCCUUUGUGCUAGAGAGUAACAGAAAAGGUCAAAAAGAAAUUGAUGACAAAGUGGCCCUACUUGGUUUCGAUGAAAACUCCUUGCUGUUGAUGACCAAAGUUAUGGGGCAGGAUCUUAUACCAGAAAAACUAAAAGAGGAGUUUCAGGGUGAGGUAAAAUGCAUAGGCCCUUCAGCAUUGUCAUCACUGAUAACUGCUUCAGUCAUGGAAUUUGAAAUCAAAUGGUUUGGUAAUCUCCAAGAUGACUUAUGUCACUUUGACAGACAAUUUUCUUCAGAUAUUUAUCUCCCACCUUCAGUAACAUAGACUUUUUGUUGUAUUUAUUCUUGUA